UUAACUGGGGAACAGUUUUCAAAGUCUGGCAAGCCUGUUUCAUUGGUUGCUGUGUUUUUUUCUUUUUGAUGUUUCUUAAAUAAUUGUUUUAAAACUAGUUGCAUUUAAGUUUAAAUAAAAGAAAGGUAAAACUAUUUUUUACAAAGGAGAAAGCGACAACAUUUCAUUAUGACCACUACCAAUGAAAUUGAAAUAUUACUUAAAAAAGCAGUAACUCUUCUACAUUCUUCACAUGCAAAUUCGGCCACUGAGUUGCGUUUGCUGCUGGAUGAGGAGAUUAAGAAACGCUAUGGCUCCGAAAAAACCAUUACGAAUAGUUUGAGCAAGAAACAGUUGGAUGAUGAGGCAAAUUUCCCCGGAAGAGCAGCCACCCCACCACCGCAACCAGUAGAGACGGAGGAAGUUAUAAAUCUAAUACAUUCGCCGGCUAAAACCAUAUCGGAUUCUCCUGACACUAUAGCUGAUUCAGAUGAUGCUGUUAGUGGAGCCGGAGGUAUACUGUCGACGACAGCCGAAGAUGAAACCAAUCUCAAGGAGUUUGGUGAUUUAAAUUGUUGUGUAUGUGGUGAAAUUCGAUUUACAGCUACAAACCGUCUGAUCGAAUGCUCGAAGUGUGGAGCGCUAUAUCACCAAGAAUGUCAUAAGCCACCAAUUAGCGAUGAGGAAGCAUCCGAAGAACAGGGCCAUAAUUGGCAGUGCGAUAAUUGUAUUGGGAAGCCAACAACGGCUACGUCCACAGCAACGACUAAGCUAAGUGGCAGUUGUACUCCCGGUGUUGUCGUUAUACCUGAUGAACCAAUGCCCUUAAUUACCAACUCAGUACCAUCUAUAAAAUCGAAAUCAUCGGCUACUUCUUCCAGAUCAUCAUCUUCAUCAAAUUCAUCGUCGCCGUAUCAUAAAAUAGAACACGUACAGGUGGUAAAUUCUGUAGUAAGCGGUAAAACGUCGUCAUCAUCUUCAAAGUCUCAUCGCGAAGAUCGUAUGUCAACGGGUAGUAACAGUAGUAAAGUGACUACCAUCAAUUCAUCAUCCAUAUCUUCAACUUCAUCGACUAAUAAGAAACAUUCUUCGUCAGGUAAAUCUAAAUCAUCUAAACAUCAUGAUAGCAAAAGAAAAUCAAAUAAAUAAAAUUGCAACAAUUGCAUUUUCUUAAUUUUUGAAAUUGUUUUAAACUUAUUUAUGUGAAAUUUCCAUUGUGAAUAGAUGUAGAUACUUUUGAUUAAAAAUAGGUUGUAACUACGUUUGAA